UGAUUGAUCAACUAUCCCAAUACCCUAUUACAAAUUCCAACUGUAAACCCAUUAAAUCCACCACAAACACACACAUUUCACCCUCACAUCUCAAAACCCCCAAAUCCUCCACCAGAUCUACCUUCUCCGAUCCAGAUCUCCGAUCAUGGCGGCAUCACGGCGGCUCCGGGACCUCCAAUCGCAACCAGGCAACAAAAUCUGCGUCGAUUGCUCCCAAAAAAACCCUCAGUGGGCCUCCGUUUCCUACGGCAUCUUCAUGUGUCUAGAAUGUUCCGGCAAGCACCGCGGCCUCGGCGUUCACAUCUCGUUUGUCAGAUCUGUCACUAUGGACUCCUGGUCUGAGAUCCAGCUCCGGAAAAUGGAGUCCGGCGGUAACGAAACCCUAAAUAAGUUCUUAGCGAAGUAUGGGAUUGCGAAAGAGACUGAUAUUGUUACGAAGUAUAAUACGAAUGCUGCGAAGGUUUAUAGAGACCGGAUCCAAGCCCUAGCUGAUGGUAAAUCGUGGCAGGAUCCGCCGGUGGUGAAGGAGACGGUGAAAUCUGGUGGCGGUGGUGGUAGUGGUGGUAGGAAGCCGCCGUUGUCGGCGGCGAGUGGUGGCGGUGGUGGUGGUUGGGAUAGUGAUUGGGGGAAUAGUGGAUUUGAGGAGCGAGGGUUUGGAUCUAAUGAGGAUAGUAAUAUUAGGAGGAAUAUGAGUAGUGGAGAUGUUAGGAGUGGGGUUAGGGGUGGGGGUGGGGUGCCGGUUAGGUCGAGAUCGAAUGAGGAUAUGUAUACACGGGCGCAAUUGGAGGCGUCUGCGGCGGGGAAGGAGGGGUUUUUUGCGCGGAAGAUGGCGGAGAAUGAGUCGAAACCCGAGGGAUUGCCGCCUUCGCAGGGAGGGAAGUAUGUUGGAUUUGGAUCGUCGCCGAAUCCGGUGCCGAGGAAUGAUCCACAGGCGGAUGUGCUUUCGUCGGUUACGCAGGGACUUGGUAAGCUUUCUUUUAUUGCUGCAUCUGCUGCACAGUCAGCUGCUAGUGUCGUCCAAGCUGGCACGAAGGAACUCACAACAAAGGUCAGAGAUGGAGGCUAUGAUUACAAGGUGAACGAGACUGUAAGCGUCGUCACAGAAAAAACAACCGAAAUCGGACAAAAGACAUGGGGACUCAUGAAAGGUGUAAUGGCAUUUGCGUCACAAAAGGUUGAAGAGUACGCCAAAGAUAAUCCUACAUGGAAGAAUGACAGCUGGCAGAGAAACGAAACACAGGGAAACGGAUCCUACCAGGAGUUUAACCGUUCUAACGGAACUUCCAAUCCUACCCCUACAUCUGGAAUAAACGGUAAUUCCGUUGGUUCAUCUGGCAGAAAUUUCAACUCGGUGAAUUCUAGUUCCUGGGACGACUGGGAUAACGAUGGCUAUAGCAAACAUUCGUCCACCUCGACGACCGCACCCAGUAAAGGCGGUGAUGACUGGGCGGGUUGGGAUGAUGCUAAAGAUGAUGAUCCGUACGACAGUUUCUUCAAGUCUGAUGGUAAAACCGCAAGCCAUGCUGGCAAAUCGGAUGGAAACUGGUCUGGGGCCGGCUUUCUUUAAGGUUAGCUUGUUUUUCACCCUUAUAUUUGUUUCGUAAAAGUUUUCGUUCUCGUGUAAAACGUUUAUAUUGUGUACAAUUGUCAACAAUAUGGGCUAAUUGCCCCAACUAAAGAGGAACUCAAGUCAUUGUUUUUGGAUUGCAAUUUAGACUCUCGUUGUAAGAAUUCGUUUCCCCACUUUAUUUGUGAUUUUACUUUCAAUAUAAACUAUUAUAUAGAUU